AUGGCUCACCCGUUGCGACAGGUUCUGGCUGAGCCCAAGGUAUUGCGUCUCCUAAACCAGGACGCCGCCAGUUUCAGGUUUCCCAAAGGGGCAGUAGUCACGGUGACGGUGGAACACUGGCGGCCGUAUGUUAUCGUGGCUCCGGGAGGCGAAGGUUGCCAAAAGGUGUCAGGACCCGUGGGGGCCAUACUUGCUGUUAUUGCUCAAACACUCAACUUCACGUGCAAGGUGGUGUCGCCACCAGAUGCUGUUUGGGGUUCCCAGCUGCCCAAUGGUUCCUGGACUGGCAUGAUAGGCCAAGUGGUCCGCCAGGAAGUCGAUCUCGCUCUUGGCCCAUUUGGAAUGAUCUACAGCAGAACAAAAGCUGUGGACUUUUCGGCAUUUAUUUCUCUCAAUGCUCGAUCGAUUCUAUCCAGAAAGGGCAUCCCUGAAAUCAACCCGUGGGGCUUCCUAUUCCCUCUGACGGGUACAGUGUGGGGUGCGGUGGCGGCGGCCCUCGUGGUGGUGUGGCUGACCACACUGUUGGUGGGGCGCCGAUCCGGCGGCUCUGUUUCCCUGAGAUGGGCUGGGGAGGUGUUUCUGCAGAACGUGAGGGUCUUCCUUAACCAAGGUCUGACGGGCACUGUGGAUGGAGAAGGCGGGCUGAUAAUAUUGGGGUCUUGGGUGGUGGUGGCGGCCGUGGUGUUCUGGAGCUACACUGGCACUCUCACCUCCCUGCUGGCGGUGAGAUACAUUCCACAACCCAUCCAGACUAUUAGAAACCUGCUCGACGAUCCUUCUGUGACUGUCAUCACGGUUCCUAUGACACACUUUGCGGAAGCUAUAUCGAAAAUUGAAUCAGGAGAGUUGCGAGAGCUACACGAGCUGGAUAAAGUGGGUCGUGUGAUUUACGAGACUACAGACUUACACUCAAUGAUUGAAAAGUACGUACGUCAUGGCAGCUACUCCAUCGUAGAUGCUGCCUUUUCUCUGGAUCUCCUGAUGGCCGACAACUUCAUUAAAACAAAAACGUGUGACUUAUACAAGUCAAGACAGAGGAUAUUCUCUACUGGGACCCAUUUAAUCAUGGAAAAGGGCAAUCCGUUGUUGCCAGCCAUCGACUACAGGAUAAAGGUGAUCGUGGAAUCCGGAUUGUUUGAGCACUGGAUGUACAACGAACUCCUUGCAUACCACAGUAACUGCCGCUACUCGCCUUCCAUCAUCUUGGUGAGGGAGCCGCUGUCCCUCGCCAACCUCUGGGGAUUGUUCGUAGUGCUUGGGACAGGACUGAUGUUGGCAACGAAUGUCUUCUGUCUGGAGCUGAACGUUCCCCCAAAUCCAACCAGCAAACCUUAAAGAAGCUGUGUAGUUCAACGUGUCCACUAGCAGUGUUCGGGGUCAAAUCGUAUCACAUUACUUCAUGCUUACUUUAAUGUUCUUUUCUCAGCAGCAAUAUGUUCCCUUUUAAGGCUACAAGUAAAUGUCUGAGCAAAUCGUUGUUUUGCCUUGGUGACUAGAUAUUAGUUCUACCCAGCGGCUAACACUGUUGAUGUUAAUUAUUAUCACCAUUGUGUACAUUCAGUUCAUGGAAUUUAAGAUACAAUAAUUUAUUUAAAUACUGAUAUGAUGCGAAAGAAUUGAAUACCAACGAGAGUGUUGCAGUAAGAUGGCGAGGUUUCAGUACAGGGGAAGAAACACGUAUCAUUAAGGAUCUGCAUUCACAACUGUGAAUAUUGAA